AUGGGUGUAGGUGUUGGUUCGGAUGUGCUGGUAGAUCAGAAGAACACCCACGCCCACACCCUCUUACAAACAGCUGAACGUAUGCUCUACGACUGGUCAUUAGCUAGUAUCAGUACACCAUUUGCGAUUCAAAUCGAAUUUAAUGAUGAUUUAGCAGCUAGGGCAUAUAAAUGGUUACAAAAACUUGUUUGGACAAAAGUGUUAUAUUUAGGCGCAGCUAGUUACGUUGUACCUUCUUCUGAACCAAAAAUGGAUUCAUUAUUAUGGGUACAACAUUAUCAUAGUAUAUCUUGA